GGCGCCGUUUACAGCGUCCUGGAAGCCGUCGUCCAGCUCUCGGUCGAGGAUGCCGAUGCCGUCAAGGACAACGCCGCUCUGGUGACCUCCAUGAAGUCAUCCUUUGCAGGCUUGAUCAAUGUGCCUGUGGAGAAGGUGAUGCUGGAGUUCAUGACGUCUCGACGCCUGGCCGACGGCAACAUGCGGAGGAGGCUGGCCGAGAUGCUCACGGCGAUCUUCACCGUGGAAUUGGACUCUGUCGCCGACGCUGAAGUGAAGCAAGUUGAGUUCGAGACAGCGUCUGUGAUGAUGGUGAGUGAGGCCGUCGCUGCUGCCGUCACGGAAGCAGGCUUCAGCGGCAUGGUCCAGGUGGUUGGAAAGACAAGCACUCUCGUGCCGGCGACGACCACGACCACCACCACCACGACCACGACAACCAUGGCCGACAACAUGACCGACGACAUGACCACAACGACGACUGCU